UACAGAAAUUGAAAUCAUUAAAAAGUCACCACUAAUGUGGGCUUCAUCACAAAGAAGUAUGAACAUAGAUGAAGGAUCACAAGAUCCGUUAAUAUUUGGUAAAAAUUCUUUAGUGAAUCUAGAUACAAUCGUAGAAGAGAACUCCAAAAAUAAUUCACAAAACAAAGAACCUGGCAUACCUGACUUCACUACAAGUAAUUUACCAUCUAAACGUGUUG